CCGUCAUCGCGGACGAUGUCUCGCGUCCACGCGUGGCCGAAGCACACAGUGUCGUCAUGCGCGUCUCCACGCGCGCGCGCGUCGACGAGCGCGCGCGCGCGGGCGUCGACGAGCGCGAAGGCGUCGACGAGCUCAAAGGACGACGAAAUGACUCCCGAGCGCGCGUUUCGCAGGAUGUGGACCAAGGCGGACAAGUAUCACACGCACGCGGUGUCGGGAACGUUAUAUACCGCGCUAGGGGCGGGAAUGAUGGGCCAGUGGGCGCUGGACGACGCGACGGCGCUGACGAGCGGUGGCGGCGCGACUCCGGGGCUGGACCCCGCGUUGACCGGCGUCGCGCUCACGCUGGCGACGGUGUGCGCGUUGAGUGGACUACCACUUUCAAAGAGCCGCGGUUGGCGGAAAACCGAGCUCAGCGCGCGAUCGAUCGCGUUUCAGUUCGUGUUGACGUGGGAGUGCGUUCGCUUCGCGGGCGUCGUCGAUCCCGCGCUCAGAGUCCCCGGAUUGGACACCCUUUGGUUGGCGUGGUUGCCAUUCGUGUGGCAAACGAUGACGUCGGCAUACAUCGUCCUGUUCACGAAGGACGACAAGCGCGCCGCGCUCGCGGUGUGGCUCGGCACGCUCGGUUUCGGAGCUCAAAUUUUCCCGGCGCAGCGCGUCCUCGACGUCGCCUCCGUCGCCGCGCUCGAAGCCGCGAGACCCGGUCUCCCCACGAUAUGGGCUCACGGCACGUUUGGUUUGAUUUGGCUCCUGAACUGGUCCACGUUCGGCGCCUCACUUCGCGCGCGCGACGUCGUCUCGUCGGACGCCGACUACGUCCGCGCCUUUUUGACGCGUCCCAGCGCGUUUUGGUUCGCCUUAUUCGCCCUCGACCUCGCCGUCGCGCGUCCGUUCGCGUCGAUCGGCGAUUAUCUCGCCUCCGCCCUCGGCUCCGACGUCGCCGCCGCCCUCGCCUCGAGCGCGUGAGUCCGCCUUCCCGUCCCGGCCCGGCGUCGCCGAGCGACCGACCGCCCACCGCGCCGCCGUCGGCUCGAAGAUAUUUUCAACGGGACGCAUCAUUGCGGGAGAUCCCUUUUGCAUAC